AGGCGCGAAGCAGUCUCUUGUCAAAAGGUUUCCUCGGAGGUUGAGCCGCUCUGAGAGGGCGCGUGCGGAGACCAGGUGUGGAGCAAGGACUCUGACGGGACGCAGAGCUUGGAUACUGGGACCAGUGCGGAGUUGAGAUUUUGAGAUCUCGGGGACCGAGAAAGAGGGUGUAUGUUCUUGCGAGUGUGUGAGUCCCUGGACCACUGUGCAAGGCUGGGAGAAUCUUCUUUGUCCAAGACAUUUUGGAAGAGAGUUAUUAUUAUUAUACCUCUCACAUCUAUUUUUGCUGUCUUGCUCCUCCAGGAACAGUGGAAAUGGCAGCUAGUACUUCCUUUCCUGAUCCUAGUUGUGGUGAUUUUGACCGAAAUGUACCUCGGAUCUGUGGGGUAUGCGGGGAUCGAGCUACUGGAUUCCACUUCAAUGCCAUGACUUGUGAAGGCUGCAAAGGUUUUUUCAGGAGGAGCAUGAAACGGAAGGCCCUAUUCACUUGUCCCUUCAAUGGUGACUGCCGCAUCACCAAAGACAAUCGGCGUCAUUGCCAAGCCUGCCGACUGAAACGUUGUGUGGACAUCGGCAUGAUGAAAGAAUUCAUCUUGACAGAUGAAGAGGUCCAAAGAAAACGGGAAAUGAUCUUGAAACGAAAGGAGGAAGAGGCACUGAGAGAUAGUAUGAGACCCAAGCUUUCUGAAGAGCAACAGCACAUCAUCACCACCCUAUUGGAUGCUCACCACAAGACCUAUGACCCUACUUAUUCAGACUUCAGCCAAUUCCGGCCUCCAGUACGAGGGAGUGAUGGAGGGAUCCAUCUCGCGAAAUCUUCCUCGGAACAUACACCCAGUUUUUCAGGGGAUUCCUUGUCUUCAGAUUCCUACCUAACUUCUCCAGACACGAUGGAGCCCUUUUCCAACCUGGUGCUAAAUGAGGAUUCUGAGGAUCCCUCUGUGACCUUGGACCUGUCGCAGCUCUCCAUGCUACCCCACCUGGCUGAUCUGGUCAGUUAUAGCAUCCAGAAGGUUAUUGGCUUUGCCAAGAUGAUUCCAGGAUUCCGAGACCUCACCUCUGAGGACCAAAUUGUGUUGCUCAAAUCGAGUGCUAUAGAAGUGAUCAUGCUUCGCUCCAACCAAUCCUUCACCAUGGAUGACAUGUCUUGGACCUGUGGGAGCCAAGACUAUAAGUACCGUGUCAGUGAUGUUGCCAAAGCUGGACACAGCCUGGAACUAAUUGAACCACUUAUCAAGUUCCAGGUUGGGUUGAAGAAACUGAACCUGCAUGAAGAAGAACAUGUCUUACUCAUGGCUAUCUGCAUUGUGUCCCCAGACCGGCCUGGAGUGCAGGAUGCAGCACUCAUUGAGGCCAUCCAAGACCGGCUGUCCAACACGCUGCAGACCUACAUUCGCUGCCGCCACCCUCCACCGGGUAGUCACCUGCUCUAUGCUAAGAUGAUCCAGAAAUUAGCAGACCUGCGCAGUCUCAAUGAGGAACACUCAAAGCAGUACCGCUGCCUGUCCUUCCAACCAGAGCACAGCAUGAAGCUCACUCCCCUCGUACUCGAGGUGUUUGGCAAUGAGAUCUCAUGACCGGAUCAGCCAAUGCUAGUACCUGGGUAGGAGGCACACUCCAAGGGGGUGGUACAAAUGGGCACCCAGCUCCAAAAUCCUUUGACUACUUGCUGCUGAGCAGCACUCCCUACCCCUUUGGAGCUCAGCCUCCUCCUUGCCUUCCUUCUCUCCCCUUACCAUACCCCAGGUCAAUCCUUUUUCCUGUCCAACCUGUGUGUCAAGGGUCCCAAGACCUCUCCUCACCCCACACCCUUUUGAAGGUUUUCCAGUUCCUUUGGAUCUCAGUUAAGAGGCACUGUUUAUUUGAUAAGGCAACUCAAAGGAAUCAGAGAUUGGAGGGCAAGAGCCUGAAUGUUAAGGCUUCUUCUCUGUAUCUAUAUGGCAGCCAGAAGGUAUUAUGAGAUCAUCUAUAUCAUAUGUCCAUUCCUCAGGGAUAGAGACAUCUGUAACUCCAAAACACUUGAGUCCUAGAGGAGUCCUUCAGCCCUUCCCCAUCCCCAAAGAUAAAUAAUCUGCUUUUAUAUAUGCAUUUUCUUGGCCAGCCUAUCCCACUUAGGAACUAUGUAGUAGAGCUGGAUUUAGAGAAUCCAGGCAGAUGAGCAAAGGACUGGGACAUUCUCUACAAUGGUUUUCCAGAAAUAUGGUGACUGUGGUGAUCGUUACAUACCUUUCCAACCUUUCCACAUCUCCUUCCUGGCUUUUCAGUGACCACACUAUUUCUGUGCUACUAUAGUAAAUGCUUCCAAAGCCUCUUCAAUAGAGUUGUAGUAAACAGACUCCUUGACUGAGUUUGGAAUCCAGUCAGCUGCAUCUUCAUUCAUAGAAUGGGGACAGCCAUCACCUAACUCACCUGCUAAGAGGAUUACAUGAAAAACAAAAGCUAAAAUGGGGAAAGCAAGAAAAAGGAAAUCCAUCUCUUAUCUUCUGUAUCAACUCCAAAAAAUGUUAAUAGUAGAAGGGGAAGGGGAGAGGGAGAAGGAGGACACACACAGCUAGCCUUCUAAGCUUUCAGUCUCUUCCUGGAUUUCAGAGACUGAGAUGUAUGACAAAACACAGAAAGUUCCUUCAAGCAGAAAGCAUCAUUCCAUACUCUGACCCCUAUCUCAACAGUGUUUUACUUCCAUUCCAGAAGACACUCUGAGAUUCUUUUUCAUCCUGUUUCCCAUCUCUCCAGCAUCUGCCUUCUUUCAUCCCCUCAGUUGGAAAAUUAGGAAGUCUUCUUUCUCAGUGAAUAAGGAAAAGAAAAAAGCUGCAAAAGUUGGCUCCCUUUCUCAAAACAACUCUAUUCCCAGAAUAGAGGCCUUCACUCACCUAACACCUCAAAACAUCCUCCUCUAAGAGUGAACCCCAGAACCAAAGUCACAUUCUCCUUUCCAUUGACUGAAAUUCUGCUGCUAUAAAAAUGUUACCCAUGUAGUGCUAAAAAAUAUUCAAAGGGGCCUGGUGCCUCCUACCCUAGGAGUGAGAGUAAUACGAGAGAAUAAUAGCUAUAGUUCUCUGCUUUAUUUCCAUACCUUGGGCAAAAAGAAAGUCUAAAGUGAUCCUGCUUUCUGCAUGGUACAGAACUUCAAAUACAUGUAUGAAUGAGUGACAAAACACUAAGCAGAGAAUAGGUUACUCAAGAAUGGACUCAUUCAUGAGAGGUUUUGGUUGGAGAGGGUUUAAUUGAUAUGGAAGGAACUUGGGGUAAAGCCUUAUUCUGCAGCAAUAUCUUUCUAUGGAAGGAGUUUUUUAUGUUUUUAUGUCAUGGACCCCUGGGGUAGUCUAGUGAAGCCUUCUCAGAAUAUUAUUUGUAAAUACAUAAAUACAUUAGAUUACAAAGGAAGCCAAUUAUAUUAAAAUAUAAUUAUCUAUAUAUAUUUUUUAAAAUUUCACACAUCCUAUAUUAAGAAUCCCUGUUCUAUAUGAAUUCCUCAGUAUAAAUAGUUACUAGACCACUAUUUAGUCUAGUAACUAGACUACAUAGCUACUAUGUAGUCUACUCAUAGUUACAUAGAGGAUGUAUGUAAAUAGAUAAUUUAUGUUCAUAGAAACAAUUCUAAAGAUUGGUCAGAACUCUUCUGAGACCACCCGGAAGAGAAACAGCCUUUUCCUUUUUUUGCUUUUAAAAAAACAUUUCUUAGUAUCUCUGACUAGAAUUAGAGAAUAUUAGAGCAAGAAGAAUCUUUAAAAGUCAUCCCUCAACACCCUCAUUUUAAAGAUGAAAAAACCAAAGCCCAGACUGGCAACUUCCUUAGGAUCACACAAUCUGUUGGGACUAAGAUCAGAGACUAAGACCCAAGACUGACACACAAACUGUUGGUGAAGGAAUUGGAGUGGAAGUCAGGGGUUUUCCCUUAAAUAAAAAGUUGAAGAAGCCCUAUUCCCUAAUUUAAGUCGGGGCAGAGAUAAAUGCUCCAGCUCUUGGUCCCUUUCCUCAAGUCAACUUCCAAUCUAGUACUUUCUUUUUAACAUUAUAUUACAUUGCAAUCCAAAUAUAAUUUUUCAGUUUGUUCAGUGCCUCUAGGACCUUGCACUUUAGAAAGAAGUCUUGUUCAAAUAAUUCUUCCUUCUUGGCUGUUUCCUUGUUGUGACAAGAUAGUAAACUGGACUCUACUCUGACCCUGGCUUCAUGAGCCGCUGUUGUCUAUAUGAUACUAUUGCUUUAUCAAUAAAGUGUUAUGUCUCCACCUUC